GCACCUCCACGUGGACCGUCAGCGACUCGGCCACACAGGGAAGCGCCUGCUUCAGGUCGCCCACGGCCUCGUCCAUGGCGCCCCCGAGAGCAGUGAGGACCCGACUGGAGCGUGGCCGCCGCCACCUCACGCCCAGCGUCGCCGCCACAGCCGCCGCCUCAGCCCGCGGGCCCCUCCCUAGCUUCGAAUCUGCCGCGCGAGGCGCACCACCCCCUGACCCGGAAGCGCUCGGGCCGGUAGGGCCACUUCCUGCCGCGGCCCCGCCCCGCCCUGCUUCCGGCGCGGCCCCGCGGGCUCGGCAACCUCGGCGCAGUGAACGCGGGCGGCCAACCAGGGCCAGGGGGCGGUGGCGGCCACUGUCCGGCCGGGUUCCCGCUGCUCCCGGCCCCCGCUCUGGGCCUGCCGCCGGCGCUGCUAUGGGCAAGAAGCACAAGAAGCACAAGGCCGAGUGGCGCUCGUCCUACGAGGAUUAUGCCGACAAGCCCCUGGAGAAACCCCUGAAGCUAGUCCUCAAAGUCGGAGGAAGUGAAGUGACUGAACUCUCAGGAUCCGGCCACGACUCCAGUUACUAUGAUGACAGGUCAGACCAUGAGCGAGAGAGGCACAAAGAAAAGAAAAAGAAGAAGAAGAAGAAAUCCGAGAAGGAGAAGCAUCUGGACGAUGAGGAAAGGAGGAAGCGAAAGGAGGAGAAGAAGCGGAAGCGAGAGAGGGAGCACUGUGACACGGAGGGAGAGGCUGACGACUUUGAUCCUGGGAAGAAGGUGGAGGUGGAGCCGCCCCCAGAUCGGCCAGUCCGAGCGUGCCGGACACAGCCAGCCGAAAAUGAGAGCACACCUAUUCAGCAACUCCUGGAACACUUCCUCCGCCAGCUCCAGAGAAAGGAUCCCCAUGGAUUUUUUGCUUUUCCUGUCACGGAUGCAAUUGCUCCUGGAUAUUCAAUGAUAAUAAAACAUCCCAUGGAUUUUGGCACCAUGAAAGACAAAAUUGUAGCUAAUGAAUACAAGUCAGUUACGGAAUUUAAGGCAGAUUUCAAACUGAUGUGUGAUAAUGCAAUGACAUACAAUAGGCCAGAUACCGUGUACUACAAGUUGGCGAAGAAGAUACUUCACGCAGGCUUUAAGAUGAUGAGCAAAGAGCGGCUGUUAGCUUUGAAGCGCAGCAUGUCGUUUAUGCAGGACAUGGAUUUUUCUCAGCAGGCAGCUCUUCUGGGCAAUGAAGAUACAGCUGUUGAGGAACCUGUCCCUGAAGUUGUACCCGUACAAGUAGAAACUGCCAAGAAAUCCAAAAAGCCGAGUAGAGAAGUUAUCAGAUGCUGGAGUGGAGCAGGUGCAGCCCCGUGGUCAGGAAGGUGUGGAUGCUGCAGGGGAAGCAGCUGCAUGUUUGAGCCUGAAGGGAACGCCUGCAGCUUGACGGACAGUACCGCAGAGGAGCACGUGCUGGCACUGGUGGAGCACGCAGCUGACGAGGCUCGGGACAGGAUCAACCGGUUCCUCCCAGGCGGCAAGAUGGGCUAUCUGAAGAGGAACGGGGACGGGAGCCUGCUCUACAGCGUGGUCAACACGGCCGAGCCGGACGCUGAUGAAGAAAGGGCUCGUGGCACUGCACGGGGCACCGCGUUGGGGUCACGCCUGCCGCUCACGGCCCGCCAUGUCCGUGUUGCAGAGGAGGAGACCCACCCGGUGGACUUGAGCUCGCUCUCCAGUAAGCUGCUCCCAGGCUUCACCACGCUGGGCUUCAAAGACGAGAGAAGAAACAAAGUCACCUUUCUCUCCAGUGCCACUACUGCGCUUUCGAUGCAGAAUAAUUCAGUAUUUGGUGACUUGAAGUCGGACGAGAUGGAGCUGCUGUAUUCAGCCUACGGAGAUGAGACAGGCGUGCAGUGUGCGCUAAGCCUGCAGGAGUUUGUGAAGGAUGCUGGGAGCUACAGCAAGAAAGUGGUGGAUGACCUCCUGGACCAGAUCACAGGCGGAGACCACUCCAGGACGCUCUUCCAGCUGAAGCAGAGAAGAAAUGUUCCCAUGAAACCUCCAGAUGAAGCCAAGGUUGGGGACGCCCUAGGAGACAGCAGCGGCUCUGUUCUGGAUUUCAUGUCGAUGAAGUCGUAUCCCGACGUCUCUGUGGAUAUCUCCAUGCUCAGCUCUCUGGGGAAGGUGAAGAAGGAGCUGGACCCCGACGACAGCCACUUGAACUUGGAUGAAACAGCCAAGCUCCUGCAGGACUUGCACGAGGCACAGGCAGAGCGCGGCGGCUCUCGGCCGUCGUCCAACCUCAGCUCCCUGUCCAACACCUCCGAGAGGGACCAGCACCACCUGGGAAGCCCUUCUCGCCUGAGUGUCGGGGAGCAGCCAGAUGUCACCCACGACCCCUAUGAGUUUCUUCAGUCUCCAGAGCCUGCGGCCUCCACCAAGACCUAACUCUAGACCACCUUCAGCUCUUUUGUUUCAUUUUUUUUAGUUUUAUUUUGCAUGUGUAGAGUUUUUGUUAUCAGACAAGGACUUUGAUCUUCCCCCUUUGGCAUGCGGGAAGCAACCCCAGGGAGGUAAUGAAUUGUCUGUGGUAUCGCGUCAGUGAGAGAGUCUCUGUGCACAGCCCCGUGAACCCGGGGGAGUGGAGUCAUACACAGAGGCCGUGUGGCCAUCGUGUCAGCGAGAGAGUCUCUGUGCACAGCCCGGUGAACCCGGGGGAGUGGAGUCAUACACAGAGGCCGUGUGGCCAUCGUGUCAGCGAGAGUCUCUGUGCACAGCCCGGUGAGCCCAGGGGAGUGGAGUCAUACACAGAGGCCGUGUGGCCAUCGUGUCAGUGAGAGAGUCUCUGUGCACAGCCCGGUGAACCCGGGGGAGUGGAGUCAUGCGUGAAGGGCGUAUGGCCGGGCCCCAGAACUGCGUGCCAUCUGUGUCCGAAUAUCACGUGUGGCUCCAGCCCUUGUUUCUGCAGUUUAGACUCCUCUGUCUGCCCCACUGUCCUGGGGUCACUCUUGGGAGGCACAGGUGUGGGUGUGUCUGGCCUCCUUCUGUGUCCUGCGUGUUCCUCUCGUAGUUUGUAUUUCCCAGGUGGGCCAUGGUAGGGGCCUCGCAGGGGCCAGUGGGGAGCGCAGGGCCAGGCUGGGGUGAGGAGAGGUCCCCCGUUUUCUGUUCAUUUGAUGAGCCUGAGAAAGGAGUGCUUCUGCCUGCCUGUUACAGUGGAGCGUUCCGUGUCCAUAAAACGUUUUCUAACUGGA